AUGACGGGCUUUUCGGUAACCAAAGCUGUAAUACAAGCAGUCAUAGUACGGGCCGUCCUGGCGGUGCACAGCCUUCUAACUGUGUGGCGAGCAGCAGAUGUAAAAAACAACGAUCUUUAUUGGUUACUUGGGCUGACCAAUCUUCUCCUCCUCUUCGAACUCAUCAUUAGGCUCGUCAAACGCAAGGGCCAGGAAGGCAAGUGGUUCAGUCCGUGCUUAUUCAUCUUCCUUUUGUCCACCGUGCCGGCGAUUUGGUUUUUGGAACUUGAUCGACUAGAGCGUUACGACAGCGUUAUCAACUCAGGAAAUGUGUCUGCAAAACAAGAGGAGCUGUCCUCCAUUUCUGGGGUUAGUGUACCUAUAAGGUUAGAAGCUGACACCUGGAUAUCUGUACUUGAACAAGGUCUGCUGUUCUUGUUUAUCGUGGGACGUUGGCUGCUUCCCAGAGGUAAGGUGACAAGAGACCAGUUGUCACAGCUUCUCUUUGUUUACCUCGGUAUUGCGUCCGACAUCAUGGAGCUCUUCGUUAUAUUCGAGGAGCCAGAAAUCCGCGAAGAUCGAAUUCUCACUUACGUCACAUUGGGUGUAUGGUCUGUGAGUUUAUUACAGUUCACAUUAACGCUAACAGCCACGAAGAACGCUCGCAAGGGGCGUGGCGUGGCGAUCACUCCAGAAGAUGCUCCAGUGAAAGACAAUAGGAGUUUGUGUGCCCGUAUCUUCCAAUCCGAGAUCUGGAGUUUGAUGGUGUCAAUCUCCAUUAUGGACGUGCCGUUUGUGACAAUUCGGCUGUACGCACUAUUCCGUUACAGGAUCCUUACGUACGGGAUUCUUUUCUUCACAUUUAAAAACCUGUUGAUGAUAUUCCUUCUGAUUUACCGUAUGAUCAUCGUCUGUUACAAUAUGGCUCACGAUGACGACGACGACGACGUCACAGACGACGGGACCUACAUACUGAGGGGCGCUAAGGUAGACGAUUACUCCCGACCCCCCGGGGACAAGGCUGUUAUGAUCACAGAGAAUGAUUCACCGCCAAAAAAAGAUCAAAACUCCCGAAAUCUCAACAACAACUCGCAAAAUUCUACAAAACAUACUACAGGAGGUGAAAUUGACCUCGAAACAUUCGAUUAA